CCCAUCCGUCGGUGUGGUAAAUGGAGGAGAAGCGGACUCAAGCCCGGAAGUUGCCCGACUCUGCCAUGGCCCUGCGGGGGGCGUGGCUUCCGGUGGCCAGCGCCUGCGAGUCCGGGGUGGCCGGGUCCAGCGUAGGCAGAGGCUGACAGACGCUCGUCCGACGACGACGGCGCCGCCGGUGCCCAGGCGGACUGGCGACCCCCAGCUCGCGGCCUUACGAGGCGCCAGGGCCGCACUGGGGGAUGGACAAGGGGAAGAUGGACGAGAAUGAAUGGAGAUACCACGGCGAAGGCAACAAGAGCCUGGUUGUGGCCCACACUCAGCGUUGUGUGGUACUGCGUUUUCUGAAGUUUCCUCCCAACAGGAAGAAGACCUCGGAAGAAAUAUUUCAGCACCUACAGAACAUAGUAGACUUUGGCAAAAAUGUCAUGAAGGAAUUUUUGGGGGAGAACUAUGUUCAUUGUGGGGAAGUCGUUCAGCUGCCUUUAGAUUUUGUGAAACAGCUUUGUUUAAAGAUACAGUCUGAAAGACCAGAAUCUCGCUGUGACAAGGACCUGGAUACUCUCAGUGGUUAUGCUCUGUGCCUUCCCAAUUUAGCCAGACUUCAGACCUACCAUUUUGCCGAGCAUCGGCCGAUUCUGUGUGUAGAGAUCAAGCCAAAAUGUGGGUUUAUUCCUUUCUCCAGUAAUGUUACUCAUGAGAUGAAACAUAAGGUUUGCCGUUACUGCAUGCACCAGCACCUCAAGGUGGCGACUGGGAAGUGGAAGCAGAUAAGUAAAUACUGUCCCCUUGAUCUCUACUCAGGAAAUAAACAGAGAAUGUACUUUGCCUUGAAAAGCUUGUUGCAGGAGGCACAGAACAACUUAAAGAUAUUUAAGAAUGGGGAGCUGAUUUAUGGCUGCAAGGAUGCUCGGAGCCCCGCGGCUGACUGGAGCGAGCUGGCAUAUCACCUGAAACCUUUCUUCUUCCCAUCCAACGGCCUGGCCAGUGGGCCCCACUGCACAAGGGCUGUGAUCCGGGAGCUGGUGCGUGUCAUCACACGAGUGCUGCUGAGCAGCUCGGACAAGGGCCAGGCAGGUGCCCGGAGGCUGGGGCCAGGGUUGCGGGGCCCGUGUGUCUGUGAAGCCAGCCCUUUCAGCAGGAGCCUGCCUCACCAAGGAAAAAGCAGCCUGGAGUGCUCGGGGUUACCGAAGGGCUGUCUUCUGUAUAAAACCCUUCAGGUGCAGAUGUUGGACCUGCUGGACAUUGAAGGCCUCUACCCCCUGUAUCGACGGGUUGAGAGGUACCUGGAGGAGUUUCCUGAGCAGAGAAAAACAUUGCAGAUAGAUGGGCCUUAUGAUGAAACAUUUCACCAGAAGCUGCUUGAUCUUUCCACUGAGGAUGACGGGACAGUGGCUUUUGCACUGACAAAGGUUCAGCAGUACCGGGUUGCCAUGACUGCAAAGGACUGCUCCAUCAUGAUCGCACUCUCCCCUUGUCUUCAGGACGAAAGCUCUGAUCAAAGGCCCAUCGUCCCUUCAUCAAGAUCCCGGUUUGCCUUCUCCGUGUCUGUAUUGGAUCUCGACCUUAAACCCUACGAGAGUAUCCCUCAUCAGUACAAACUGGAUGGCAAGAUAGUCAGCUACUACUCAAAGACUGUACAUGCCAAAGACACCACCAUGAUGUCACCUAGGUUCAAGGAAAGUGAAGAUUGUACCUUAGUUCUCCAUAAAGUCUAACUUUUUUCCUGUGAUGUCAUUGAAACUUGAACAUAGAAUGUGAAGGUUGAACGAUAGAGCUCUUUCCUCUUGUGUUGGGUGACUUUGGCUGUGAAUGUUUUUGCUUUUUAACCAUUGUUCAGGCGGGACUGCGUCUGCGAGACACAAAAUGGAAGAAACACCUUCCAGGACAAGGAAGGUGAGAUGUGAGACCUGUAGCAUCUGUGUCCCAGAAAGCCCCUCUGGACAGUUUUUCCUUUCCACCGAAGGGUCAUGUCUAAUCUCUAAUGCAAAAGGCCUUAUUUUGAAACCCGAGAUUUGGAUCUUCUACAAGACUCCUAACAUAGAAAACUUGAAUUGUCAUAUAUAUCUUACAAUUUGGACUUUUAAGAAACUUAAGAAAACAGGGAUACUACUGGAACUUUCCCACCUGAGUUUCUUGGUCACUUUUUAAUGCAAGCCACACGUCAUCACAGGCUUGGGGAUUCCCUGCUGCAAAGUGAUGUGUUCUUGGUAUAGAUGUCAGUUCUGAGCACUGGGGACUCAGGGUCCCUGUGGAGGUGCUGCCUCCACCAUUCUGUGCAGGAGCAACGAGGACCGUGGGACUCAGGUCAUGGGCAAACACCACUCAUGUGAGCGUUGACUUUCAUUUUUUUUUUCUUUCUGAGUGAUUUUGUCUUUAGCUUUAGGGGAGACAAGGAAUUCUUUCUCACCUGAAGUUGCUGCUGUGGAAGCUGGAAGCAGAUCUGUAACAUGGAGCUGCUGAGCUUGGGGCAGCUCUGUGUUCAUGGCAAUUGUGGGUGUUUGGGGAACCUCAGCCAAUUCUGCCAGAGCCAGUGAUGUCUUGAGUUCUCAUCCUCUCUGUACUUGUUUUUCCUCUGGUUUCACUGAGAUAUGUGCUGUUUGCAGCCUCAAGUGGUGUGCUGGGCCACCUCCCUGUCAGGACUCCUGACAAGAUGGGCGACUCCUGGCUGGCACCAAGAGGGUUUGUGUUAGGUUCACCAAAAGUGUGCCUGGCUGCUAUGAAACUGUUGGGAAUCUUGGCUUCAGUUUUUUAUUCUAUGGUAGGUUAUACACAUUAUUUAUAUCAUUUUGGGGAUUAAUGAAGGCUUAUUGUAAUAUAAUAAUAUUAGUGAAGCCAUGUAAUUAUAUGAAAAUACUACAUGAAAAUAAGAAGAAUAUUUUGAUUGUAAAUUUUUGUGGGAGACCUUUUCUGAUCACUUGAGAAUUACACUCAUUUGAAUUAAGAAAGUUUUUCUAGAAUUUAUUCUUUAAUUCUUUCCUAACAUUUACUUCUUACUUCUAAACUCAAAUUGUUAAAAAGAUACUCAAAUGACAUGUCUCAUGUCUAUGUCAGUGUGUUGGGGUACAGAGGCUUUGGAGACUCCACCUCUGGGUACUUGAGUGGAGCUGUGUUCUCAUGCAAAUCACAGAGUAUGGGGAGGGAAGCAGCUGUCAGUGUUGUUUUGGCUGGAGGUUUUUUCUUGUCGCUGGCGUGGGACAGGGGAGGGAUUGGCUGGAAUGUGAUCAUGGCACACAAUCUUGCCUGGCAUCACCAUCUUCAUAGGACCCUGGGUCCCUGUGCAUGGAGCUUGGGAACCCCAGCCUCUUGAGAAGGUGAGCUGGGCAGCCUCCUGGUGGUCUGCACUGGCUGGACUGAGCAGUCUGAAACUUGGGGGAAGAGGAUACAGAUGAACAGCCCCUGCUAGAAGGUCUUGUUCCAACCCUUUGCUCUCUUGACGCCACCAUAGCCUCUUCUUACCUGACUGUGGCAUUCAUUUGAUUGAAACACUCUUCUCACUAGUUCUAACAUUGUAAAUGGGUGACUGGGGUCAGUGCAGCACUUAGACUCUGGAGGACUUAAAUGAAAACCCAGUUUCUUCUGUGUGGAGGAACAGG